AUGGUAUUUCCAACACUUUCCUUUAGAGAUUUGUUCCUGAUCCGACUCCACAGCUAUGAUCUCCCGCAGGAGGCCUACACCUCUUGCGUGUAUCCCCGCCAGUCAGCCAAUGGCUCUACCGUUAUCGUUUAUGGCCAUGAGCGAGGACUGCGCAUCAUCUGGUAUGCUGGGAAGACCUUCAAGUCGGCCAAGAAAAACAAUCCGGCUACAAACACAAAUGGAACAGCAAAGAGUGACCCCAUGGUCAUUGACCUGGACGAUGAUGAUGACCAAGAACAGCCUGCAGCGGGAGAUGCCUCUGUUGUACCUGCAGAAUUUGAAGAUGAGGAAGAAGAGGUAGAUCCAGCAAAACCCUACCGUGGAAUCCUCCGACAGAUAGACAUUCCUCUCGGAAGCUCAGCCUUGCGUAUUGCAACCCCUCACAUUUCAAAGGACCUCGCUCAAGCCCCUCCCGACUCCUGGCCACCAAUAUAUCAUGAUCGUAUCUUGGUCACCGUCGCAUGUGCAGAUUCGUCCCUUCGGGUUCUUAUUGCUCCACUCGUCCCUCCCAGCCCAGAACUUCAUGAUAUAUCAAAACUUGACAUUCAGACUCUCAAAAUCUUGGGUCCUAAUUCCCACCAAGAGUUCAUCACUGACAUAGCAAUCACCCAUACUAUCCGCGCUGAGGGAGAAGAGGUAGAGGCAGAGACUCAAGCUCAAAUGAGGCUUCAGACUCGUUCACAGCCAGCUCCAAUCUCAACAGAUGCCGACUCCCAAAGAUGGGCCCUGCUAAUAGCAUCUUUAUCAUGCACGGAAUCUGGGCUGCUUUUGGUUCAUCAAAUUCCUUUACAAGGAAAUGGUACUCUCUCCACAAAGCCUGAACAUCUUCUUCCAAUAAGGAGGCAAUUCCUCCGCUCCUCGGCCCUCGGCGCUAGAAUCGCUUUCAACCCCUCUUGUUAUCCUGCCGACCGACAUUCCAGCCUCCUUCUCACUCUCCCUGCCGCCUCCACCGUCAAGCUGUACAAAGUUUUUGUAAAUUAUCCUCGGGAACGUCGCGGGUCCACCGCUACUUCAGAUUCCGCAUCUACCAGGGCAUCGUUAAGGACAUCUGGCAGUGACAAGGGGAGAAUCCUUCUGACAUUCCUUCCACCCUUUGUCCACGAUCCCACUGCCAUCCUCCCUCGACGAAAGAAAUGUCUAGAUGCUCAAUGGGUCGCCAGCGGCCGUGCCGUUGUGUCAUUGCUCGAGGAUGGUGAAUGGGGUAUCUGGGAUCUUGAAGCAGUUGGGCCAAACUCUUCUGGAAUUGGAAGCAACCUUGUUCGUGGGCAAUCCAACAUUUCAGGCAUUCAAGGAGGAUCAAUCACAAGAUUUGCCAUUCGAUCCAAUAUUUUCGCCUCUGAAAUGAAAAAAGAAACUUCUUCCAGCACUCAGGUUCGGGCAGCUACAACCUCGUUGGCUCCCAUGACGCCAUCAACACGUAAAGUUCGGUCUGAGGGAUUAUUCCAGGGUACUUCAAAACAAGAUGUCCGGUCAGCGUCCGCUCGGAAUGUUCGCGGCUAUAUUUCUGUAGAGGAACAUCCCCCGCACAAUGGCAGGCCGCUUGACGAAUCCGUCAUUAUCAGCUAUGGUGGGGAGAACGUAUAUAUCUCGUCCUUGUCAGCGUUCUGGAGAGCAGAAAUUAAGCCUGCACGUCUGCCGAUCAUCAGACUCGGUGGCCAGGAGCUGCGAGGGAUUGCUACUCUUCCCCAAGCCACAGACGACAUGCCUACAACAAGCAUUGCACGUUUCGGCCUGGCAUCGUCAUCUCUGCCCGAUUUCGUGGUUCAGACCCCUCAUCGCUUAAUUCUGUCCGUCCAUGCUCUCUCUGUUUCCGCGGAUCAACCUUGGAGAUCUCUCACAGGUACAGAGGCCAUUUCUGGUGCUCAUACACACCCCACAUUUGACCAGGUACUACUCAACUCUGGUGAUCUCGAUGUCGACGGUAUGGAUAGAAUUCUGAGUAAUAUGGGCACUGUUGGCAGAGGUUCAAAACCACUCGAUCUCUCUGGCAACAAAAUGACGUUCAAUUACGGCAACCAAGAUGGAGGAGAGGACGAAGAGGACGUCGACAUGAUGGUCACCUCACCCACACCAUCGAAGUACUCGGCACGCGGGUUGCCUGCCGCGAGGAUACAACGGGGAGAAAAGCGUCGUGGGUCUUAUGAACACGCCCGACUACCUGCUACCAGCUUGCAACGUGAAGAGGAACACCGUGGUUCUUAUGGACGGGCGCAGCCGUCCACGCAGCGACGAAUAUUUUCUUGA